AUGGCCCUGAGGGCCACGGUGGCGCCCCGCUUCUUCAUGCAGCGUACAAGAACUUUCCCAAGAUCUGCGAGAUCCUGCUCGACGCGGGUGCCAACCCGCACGUGGCCUUCACGCGGACGGGUCACAUCCAGCUGGAGAGCCCUCCGACAAAAACCCCUCUGGACAAGGACCACUGGCACAGCGUACUUUGCGAGCAUAGUCAGGGUGGAUGCUCCCUUCAACAGCUUCGCGCCGAGGGGAUUACUGCUUUGCAUCUUGCAGCUUGGCAUGGAAGUGCCAGAGUCUGUUGGGCCUUGCUGCAAGCUUCCGCACGCCCGGACGCACGGGACGCUCUCCAUCGCUCCUCGUUAA